CCAUCUUUCAUCCGAAAGAUAUUUUCUUUCAAGGUCGAAGAAUUACACAAAAGAUCAUUCUAUGGAUCUCAUACCUCGUUCUAUAAUUCGUACUUUGUUCAGAUUUUGGACAGAGCUAACGAGUCAAUCGAGCUCAUUAGCGAUUCACGAAUUGGAAGUCGCCAAAUAUAAAACAUUCGCUUCUCUACAAUAUCUUACAUGUUUAAUAGUAUUGCCUUGGGCAAUUUCAAUUUCAUUACAGAACAGUUUAGAAUCUUGGGUUACAAAUUGGUGGAAUACUGGUCAAUCAAAAAAAAAUUUUGAUUAUUUACAAGAAGAAAACGCUAUAAGAAAAUUUGAAAAAAUAGAAGAACUAUUCCUGUUAGAAAUAAUGGUGAAAGAUUAUUCAGAAACGCCUUCACAAGAUAUUCGUGUAGAGAUGCAGAAAAAGAUGAUCCAAUUGGUCAAAAUAUAUAAUCAAGAUUGUAUCCACAUCAUCUCACAUUUAUUAGCAAAUCUAAUAGGUUUGGUUCUUCUAAGUGUUUGUCUCAUUCUGGGUAAGAAGAAACUUGGCAUUCUAAAUUCUUGGAUCCAAGAAGUCUUCUACAGCCUAAGCGAUACAAUGAAAGCUUUUUCUAUUCUUUUAGUAACCGAUCUAUGUAUUGGGUUUCAUUCGCCCCAUGGUUGGGAACUGAUGAUCAAUUGGAUCUUCGAAAAUUAUGGAUUUGCUUAUAACGAACGAAUAAUAUCUGGUCUUGUUUCAACUUUUCCAGUCAUCUUAGACACAAUUUUCAAAUAUUGGAUCUUCCGUCGUUUAAAUCGUAUAUCUCCUUCACUUGUAGUAAUUUAUCACUCGAUGAAUGAAUAACCAAUGGUUUCUCCCCCA